AUGGUUGCAGCAAUGAAAAACUUUAAAAAUAUUAAACAUAUAAGAUGUGCAGCACAUACUAUUCAAAUUUCAGUUAGAAAAGGAAUUGAAAAAAUUAAUAGUUUAGUAACUAGAAUUUCAAAUUUAAACAAAUUUUUAGUUAAUCAUGAUAAAUAUCAUGAAAAAUUAAUAAAAAUUCAACAAAAUAAUAGUAUAGAAUUAAUAAUUUUAGAUAGUUAUGAUAAUAUUGAUAAUAAUGAUAAUAAUAAUGCUGAAGAACUAGAUUCACUUUUAUUAGAUGAAGCAGAAUGGAUUGCAAUAAAUGAAAUUAUUAAAAUUUUAGAAAAAUUUGCUAAUGCAACUAAAUUACUUAGUGGAAGUUAUUAUCCAACACUUUCAUUUACUUAUCCAAUUAUAUGUGAACUAUUUAAACAUUUAA